AUGCCGCCCACCAAGAUAGCCGUCCUUGAUGAUUAUCAGGAGCUCUCGAAACCCCACUACGAGCCCCUGGGGUCCUCUGGGUACGAAGUGACCACCUUCACCGACACCCUCUUACCCUAUAACCACCCCGAUACGCCUCAAGAUGUCAAGGACGAGUUGGUGAAGCGACUGGAGCCAUUCAAUAUCAUAUGCUCCAUGAGAGAACGAACACCCUUUCCAGCAGAGCUUAUCAACAGGCUACCGAAUCUCAAGUUGCUACUUACGACGGGCGGCCGCAACGCAUCUAUCGACGUCAAGGCUUGUCUGGCUCGGGGUGUGCCGGUAGCUGGCACCACUGGAGGAAAGGGCAGCCCAGAUAGCACCACCCAGCACUGCGUGGCUCUGAUCCUUGCUCUGGCGCGAAACAUCCCUCAAGACGAUGCCACCAUGAAGAGCGAAGGCUGGCAGACCACAGCGGCGACUGGGUUGGCAGGAUGUGUGUUUGGAACCCUCGGCCUGGGCAGACUUGGUGCCUCGGUCUCGAGGAUCAUGCACUUGGCUUUCGGCAUGAAGAUCAUUGCGUGGAGCACAAACCUGACGCAGGAGGCGGCAGACGAAAAGGCAAAGGGUGCCGGCCUGCCUGUCGAAGAUGCGAACGGUGACAAGACCUUCAAGAUGGUGAGUCGAGAUGAAUUGUUCAGCACUGCAGAUGUGGUCAGCGUUCAACUCGUGCUGUCUGAUCGAUCGAGGGGUCUGAUAGCAGGCGACGACUUGGCCAAGAUGAAGAAGACGGCGUUGUUCGUCAAUACCUCGAGAGGCCCGAUAGUGGUGGAAGAGGACCUGCUCGAGGCGGCGAAGAAUGGCCUGAUCCGAGGCAUUGGCUUGGAUGUGUAUGGAAUAGAGCCGUUGCCUAAGCAUAGUGAGUGGAGGACGACGAAAUGGGGAGCGGAAGGACGAAGCCAGGUGGUGCUUACGCCUCAUAUGGGCUACGUCGAAGGCGACAACAUCUCGGGUUGGUAUGCGCAGCAGGUUGAGAACAUCUUGCGGUGGCAAAAGGGGGAGACCAUGGCAACGGUCUUCAGUGACAGCGGGUAUUAG